AUGCAUGGUGGUUGUGGUAUUCCAAAGGUUACACUUGAUGGUACCUUAGAAGAUUGGUUACAUCAUCAAGAAAAGUCAAGAUUUAAACUUACGAAAAAUUCUAUUGUUCCUUCUUCAAUACCUUCCGGAUUGGUGAACGUUCCAUUUAAAUUAAAUAUAGAGAAAGAGAAUUUCAAAUUGAGUUUCUCUGCUGGCUUUUUGGGUGCUAGACAGGAUAAGAUUGAUGAUGAGUAUGUCGUUUCACCUGUUAUUGGUUGGUAUGUUGCUGAUGCCUAA